GCUGUGGGCAAAGACGACCCAGAACACCUCCAGCAAAAACUGCGACUCGCUGAGUCUCAGCCAUGGCGUUUGCGCGCCGCAGAUCCGGAUCCGGCUUCGCCUUGCUGGCCAUUGCCUGGUGGCUGAGGCCGGAGACCGAACUCAUCGCCUGGAUGGGGCGGCGCGCUGCAGGUGCCGCCACUCUGUCGCUCCUCACGCUGCGGCCGUUGCCAUGCACUGCAGAGGGUGACAUCCCCUGGGCUGAGCCGAAGCGCCAGAAGACCUCCACAGAGCAACUUGCGGAGGACUUCACUCGCGCCUUCCAGCGCACCCAGUGGGGCGUCAACGGGAAGGUGCAGCCACGCUUCUUCGCGGACGGCUUCGUCUUCCGCGACCCGGAUGUCACCACGAAGGGCCUCCAGGCCUACUCCAAAGGGACCGGCGCUGUGCUGUCCAACUGCCGGGCUGAUGCCAUCGACGUGAAGGUUUUGUCCCCGGACAGCUUCGCCAUCCGCUGGCGCAUCGCGGGCACGGCCAACGUGCCCUUCCCCGGCCUCAGGAUCAAGCCCUACAUUGUCACCAGCGCCUUCACGGUGGACUCCGACGGCCUAGUGGACUCCGAGACGGACAGCUUCUCCAUCCCCAGUUGGGACAUCCUUCUCUCCGCCGCGGCUGAUUGGUUGCCCGGCUUGGCGCCCCCCGAGCCGCCCCUGCAGUCCCCCUUCGCGUAAACUGCCUCAAAGGCAGACCGGCGCCCAGAGACACGAGGAAUGGGCGUGUCUUUGUUGAGGCUGGCGUCUGUUGAAGUCAUGUGGCUAUGGGUCA